AUGGCGCCCGUCAGUGGGGCGGCGCUGGCCGGGGCGGGUUACUGGGCCGUGCUCUCCCGGUGCUGCGGGAGGGUCCUGGGGGCCCCUUUUUUCUCUGGCGCGGCUUACUCCUCCGUGCCUGCGGUGAACAGCAGGGAAGGCCAGCAGAGGGAAGCUUCAACAAGGAGAAGAGGCAGGACACCACAGUUCAUAAGAUCACAUGCACCUCCCAGAACUGAGAGGAUGGCUGUUGAUCAGGACUGGAGCAGUGUUUAUCCAACAGCAGCUGCGUUUAAACCUGCAUCUGUGCCUCUCCCAAUUCGAAUGGGUUACCCAGUGAAGAGAGGAGUACCGCCACCAAAAGAAGGCAACUUAGAACUUAUAAAGAUUCCCAAUUUUUUGCAUCUUACUCCUCCUGCGAUCAAGAAACACUGUGCAGCUCUCAAAGAUUUCUGCACUGAAUGGCCAAGUGCUUUGGACAGUGAUGAGAAAUGUGAACGGCAUUUUCCUAUUGAAAUUGAAACAGUAGAUUAUGUUUCUGCAGGGACAUCUAUUCGUAAUCCCAAAGCAAGAGUGGUGACUUUAAGAGUUAAACUUUCUAACCUGAAUUUGGAUGACCAUGCAAAGAAGAAGCUCAUUAAACUUGUAGGAGAGCGGUACUGUAAGGAUACAGAUAUGCUCACAAUUACAACGGACAGGUGUCCGCUAAGAAGACAGAACUAUGAUUAUGGCAUACACCUCCUCACAGUUUUGUACCAUGAAUCUUGGAAAACUGAGAUGUGGGAGAGUGAGAAGACUGGGGAAGACAUGGAAGAGUAUAUCUGGGAAAAUAGCUGCUCUCAGAAAAAUGCCUUGGAUACACUACUUCGAAUAAAAGCCUCAGAGAAUGUCAGUAAUGUAACUAAGGAAGAGCUUCUUGCAUCUGAAGUGGUUAAGGAUUACAGAAACUCUGUAAUUGCACUUAAAAAUGAAGGUGAAACAGAAAAUAACAUGUCUCGUUAUAAGGAAUCCGUGAAGAAACUAUUGAAUAUACAAGCAUUACCAUGAGAGUAGAAUCUGCAGGUACAUCUGAUUAUUACGGAAAUAUUAAACUACUAUGUUAAUAUUUCUAUAUGAUAUAGAUAUAUAAUUAUUCAGAACCUUAACCAACAAUAUGAAACUUGAUGAUGAGUUAAUUUCAAUAGUAAUCAGAUUUUUCUUUACCACUGGUUUUUCUUGUAAACAUAAUUUUCCUGUCCAUGAGUAUUAUUCUUUGAAUAAAAUAUGUUUUGAGUCAUA